AUGCAUCGGAUUGCCGGACGGGGUCGGGCUCUUGAACCGCAGGGGCCAAGACCGCCAAGCCCCGCCCAGAACUGGGGCAAUUCUCCCUUGGGAGAGGCACCUGAUCACUUUUGCUUGCUGCACAAACGGCUUUUAUGUUGGGGAACGAACCCCUGUCUCAAGGCCCUUUUCCCUCUCUCAGCUCUGCAAGCUGCGGUCCUGGGGGGGCCGGGCCACGAUGCUACUGCUUUCGUACGAGUGCGCAAAUCCAAUUUGAGAAGUGGCCCUGCGCCCCACGAUUUUGCGCGCACCCUUAUUCCGUAUUCUGAUGCCAGCUGGUCCUUGCGCUGGCUGAAAACGAGGUAUACGAGUGCGGCGCUACGCUAUUACUACGGUUACAGGUACGAGUGGUACUCCUCUUACACUGGCCUGACUGUCCGGCUGCAACAGGCCAGUGUUGGAAACGGAAAGGGGGCAGGAUACGUGUACACGCACGAGUACAUGCCGGUAGUGCUAUGGACAGGUAGCAUGGAUUUGAUGGGAAUGGCGGGCGGCAGCCUGCAACAGCCAGCAGCGGUACCUGCAAACGAUGGCAAAUGCAGCCAAAUUCCGGUGAGAGGUGGCAGCUGUUCGUGUACUUUUGCUUGGCCGGGCCCCGGUGCAGGCAAGGGAGGCUGCCAGCGCAAUUUCAACGCGCAGCGCGCUCUGGUUGGCCGCUGGAACGAGGCCAGGGCCGCCUAG